AUGUCAGUAGCUGCGAUCAUCAUAUUGGCGUUUGCUGCAUUAUUUUGGGUUUUGGUAAGCGUUUGUAGCGGCGGGAACAAUAAUGUUACAAACAAGGUUGAUACGAGACGGAGCGGUGGUAUAGGAAUUGGAUGGAUCUGCGUCAUCGUCUUAGCCCUUAUGGUUGCUAUUAUCACGUCCUCAAACAACAACGCUGAUCAACAUCAUCAUAUCAAUCAACAAGCUCAAGAAAGUGAUGGACUUUUGUGGAUUCUAUUACUCAUCUUCUUCUUUCUCUUCCUGCUUUAUCUCAAAGGCGCGUUUUGA